GUACACUUUAUCUUCAAACUCCAAAUUAGUCGUCUCUCAGGCCGCCCGGUUUCUCAUAUUCCUACCAUGUUGACUUUAUUUAUUAUAGUUUCUGUUUUUGCACUUUCUCAUCAGCAAUGUUGCUUUCCCUCCCAAUGGGAAGGAAUAGAAUCCGGAUCCAUGGCUUCUGUUCCUCAGGGAAAUAAUCCCGUUCCUGUUUUUACAUCGUUUAAUUAUCUUCUGUCAGUGGACUACUCCAAGCACCUGUUGUACUUGUCCGGAAGUGUGACGACAGACGGGCAAACUACUCAGAUCAAAGUCAUCAGGGACUAUAGCGCGAAAAUUCAAUAUGUCAUUGAUGUUAGUACUAAUACCUGUAAGAAAACAGUUAUGACAGACAAAGAAGUAACUUGCUUAGGAACCAAUGGUGACAACUCUACGGUUGUUGCCAAGACAUAUUUCGGGGCAGGAGGCCAGCAGCUUCCUUUUACGGUUUACAGAUCUGUGUUUAAUGGCUACCCAUCUACCUUAUCUGUAGCGGAAGGUUGUAUUCCUGUAGGCGCCACCUAUCACGGAAGUGACGAAAACGGAAAUUCUGUCAUCGGAUCCAUCGGAUAUCAUAGCAUCACUCCCGGUAUCUCUGAUCUAUCGGUUUUUGCAGUUCCGGCCAAUUGUGUAGCUGCUCCUUUAGCGGGAACUGUGGUAGGAUGAAGAAAACACAAUGUGUAGUUUUCUAGUCAGCUAGAUAUGUAUAAUGCAGUUUUUU